CCUGCCAGCUGCGAGGGGUCAGCUCAAAAGUAGAAAAAGGGACAAAGAAGUCAUGCCAAACACCUCAAAGUCUCGCUCAGGUUGAACAUUUUCACAAUCGGGAGAGGAGUCACCUUCGUCUGAGAAGCUACAUCAUGUUGCACCCAGCAGUGACGCCGUGCCUCCUCUGCACCAUGUUGUGCACGUGGCUCCUGUGCGGCGUCCAAACGGAACCCGGCACCGCGUCCAUACAGCUACGCCUGGCCGGGGUGAAGCAUAAAAAACACGAGGGGCGAGUGGAGGUCCUCUACAAAGGCCAGUGGGGCACCGUCUGUGACGACGACUUCUCCAUCUACGCUGCCCAGGUGGUGUGCCGGGAGCUGGGCUUCGUGGAUGCCGUGUCAUGGUCGCCCUCCUCCAAGUACGGCAGAGGAGAAGGUCCUAUUUGGCUGGACAAUUUGGACUGCAGUGGCAGAGAGAAGAGCCUCGCCCAGUGUAGGUCCAACGGCUUUGGAGUGACAGACUGCAAACAUUCAGAAGAUGUCGGGGUGGCGUGCAACCAGCAGCGCAUUCCGGGCUUCAAGUUCAUCCGGAACCAGGCCAACAGCGAGGAGCAGGGUGUGCCGGUGCUUGUGGAGGAUGUGCGGAUCAGGGCCACAUACUCGCACAGGAAAAGGAUUCCUAUCACGGAGGGCUUUUUGGAAGUGAAAGACGCAGGCAAGUGGAGGCAGAUCUGCAAUGAGGACUGGACAGAAAUGAACAGCAGGGUCAUCUGUGGCAUGUACGGCUUCCCUGGGGAGAAGCGCUUCAAUAAUAAGCCCUACAAAUUACUGGCCAAGCGCCGAAAGAAGAACUUCUGGGGUUUCUCCGUCAACUGCACGGGUAACGAGGCCGACCUGUCUGACUGCAAACUGGGUAGGGAGAUCGAGCUGAAGGGCAACAGCACCUGUGCCAAGGGCAUGCCUGUAGUGCUCAGCUGUGUUCCUGGACGGACCUUUGCUCCCAGUCUCAGUACCGGCUUCCGGAAGGCGUACAGGCUGGAGCAACCCCUGGUACGACUAAAAGGAGGAGCCAUGAUAGGGGAGGGUCGAGUAGAGGUGCUGAGGAACGGCGAGUGGGGCACGGUGUGUGACGACAACUGGAACAUUCGAGCUGCCACGGUGGUGUGUCGAGAGCUGGGCUUCGGCAGCGCCAAAGAGGCAAUGACCGGCGCCAAAAUGGGUCAAGGCAUCGGACCUGUGCACAUGAACGAAGUGGACUGCUCUGGCUUUGAGAAGUCUCUGACCGAGUGCCACUUUAACCGCGACGCCCUGGGCUGCAGCCACGAGGAAGACGCUGCCGUCAAGUGCAACAUUCCCGCCAUGGGCUUCAAGAACAGACUUCGCCUGGCCGGGGGCCGGAAUACCUACGAGGGCCGCGUGGAGGUUCUUACGGACAGGAACGGCUCCCUUGUGUGGGGCGCGGUGUGCAGUGACAGCUGGGGGACCAUGGAGGCCAUGGUGGUGUGCAGACAGCUGGGCUUGGGCUUUGCCAACCACGCCUACCAGGAAACAUGGUACUGGCAAGGAGACUCUGCAACUGAGAACGUGGUGAUGAGCGGUGUGAGGUGUUCAGGGACCGAGCUGACUCUGGAUCAGUGUCUGCAUCACGGGAAACACCUGGAUUGUCCUAAAGGAGGAGGACACUUCGCCGCCGGGGUCUCUUGUACUCUAACGGCCCCAGACCUGGUCCUCAAUGCCCAAGUCGUGGAGCAGACCACCUACCUGGAGGACAGACCCAUGUACGUCCUCCAGUGUGCACAGGAGGAGAAGUGUCUGUCCAGCAGUGCCGACAACGCCGACCAGAACUCUUACCGCCGCCUGCUACGCUUCUCCUCCCAGAUCCACAACAACGGCCAGUCCGACUUCAGGCCAAAGGCCGGACAUCAGUCCUGGGUGUGGCACGAAUGCCACAGACACUUCCACAGCAUGGAGGUGUUCACCCACUAUGACUUGGUGAAUGUGAACGGCACCAAGGUGGCAGAGGGCCAUAAAGCCAGCUUCUGUCUGGAGGACACGUACUGUGAUGAAGGCAUCCAGAAGCAGUACGAAUGUGCCAACUUCGGAGCGCAGGGCAUCACCGUGGGCUGCUGGGACACUUACAGACACGACAUCGACUGUCAGUGGAUCGACAUCACAGACCUUCCGCCUGGCGACUACGUGCUGCAGAUUGUGAUCAACCCCAACUACGAGGUGGCCGAGUCAGACUACACCAACAACAUCAUGAAGUGUCGCAGUCGCUACGACGGCAACCGCGUGUGGACUUACAACUGUCAGAUAGGCGGGUCACGCAGCUCAGAAACAGAAGAAACGUUUCCUGGACUGCUGACCAAUCAGCUUUCACACAGGUAGAGCGAGAAGUGACGGACAUGAGGGGAGCGUGGAGGAGGGUUUCCCAACCACUACAGAAGAGCCGGCGCUAAACUGCUAUAAUGAACAUUUCUCACAAUAAUUUGGGACACGGAACGACGGCGGUUGUGAUCUGAUCUGAUCUGAUCCGAGGGCGACGAGAUGCGGUGGAAUGUGGCAGAGGGGCUAUGGAACUAAAGUUAUUAUGAAUAGUUUUGAGUAAGGGUGUAACGGUACCUGUAUUUGUAUUGAACUGUUUCGGUACGGGGGUUCCGGUUCGGGGCGGAGUUUCUUAAAUGCCUCAAAUGUCCGGCAUUUUGAGUUAGGGUUGCGUGUGUUUUCAAUGUACGUUCAGGGUUAAGAAGGGGUUAAAAACAAAACAAAUUGUGCGCGCAGCAGCAUUGGUGAGGGAGGGGCAGAGACAGAGAGAGAGAGAGAGAGUUAUGAUAAACGCGCAUGCGUCGCCAGGCUCUGCUUUUUAUCCAUAGAUUUAUCACAUUUAAUUUGUUAUUAUCUAUAGCAGGGGUGUCAAAAGUGUGCCCCGGAGGCCAUUUGCGGCCCACAGCUAAUGUUUUAAAGGCCCACGGCACAUUCUAAAAAUACUAUUAAAAUAAACAAAAACAUAACAAAAGUGAAAUAAAAAAGGUUAAAUGUAAUUUAGAAAAAGUUGCAAUGUUGACUACUGUAUUUUCCGCGCUAUAAGGCGCACCGGAUUAUAAGGCGCACCUUCAAUGAAUGGCCUAUUU